AUGUUACCCUUCUACCUCCUGGCAACCUGCUUCGCAGGCUUUGUUUCUGUGCAGGGCCAGUCCACCUCUGCUUUCAACCCUGCUCGUCCGCCGGCUCUCCCCCUUGCCGUCAAGUCACCUUACCUCAACACCUGGCUGAAUGCCGGCAGUGAUGGCGGCAACGGAGGCUACCUUGCCGGCCAAUGGCCGGUGCACUGGAGCAACCAAAUCACCGGGUGGGCCGGUAUGAUCAGAGUUGACGGAACCGCCUACAAGUGGAUGGGCGACCCUCUGGCCGCCGAGGGCCCAGCCGUGGUCACGCAGAACUCCUAUGAGUACACUUCUACCAGAAGUAUUUUCAACAUGGACGUCGAUGGCAAAGUUGCUAUGAACAUCACCUUCCUCUCGCCCAUCACCCCUGAUGACUUCCAACGGCAAUCUUUGAUUUUCUCCUACCUUAAUGUCGAGGUCACGUCAAUCGACGGCGCGGAGCACGACGUGCAGCUCUACUCGGACAUUACCGCAGAGUGGGUCACUGGUGACCGGAGCCAGAUUGCUGAGUGGGAGUACGACACUGCAGAUGGUUUGGCGUACCAUAAAGUGUACAGGCAGACGCAGCAAGCCUUCUCCGAAAAUGCGGAUCAAGCCGAAUGGGGCAACUGGUACUAUGCGACUGACGCGGUUGAUGGCAUGACUUUCCAGUCUGGCGUUGACAACGACGUCCGUGGAGCAUUUGCAGCCAAUGGCACGUUGCCAAACACCAAGGACACCAACUUCCGUGCUGUGAACAGCGACUGGCCCGUCAUGGCUUUUGCUGUGGAUCUCGGCUCUGUCAACUCCAACGCCGUCAACACCCUGUUCACUCUCGGCCUCUGCCAGCAGGAUGCCGUCCAAUUCGCUGGCUCGGAUGGCUAUCUUCCCCGUCCUUCCCUGUGGACCGACUACUUCAGUGAUGAUGUCGCAGCGCUCAGCUUCUUCCACAAGGACUACAGCACUUCUUCCGACAAGUCUACCGAGCUGGACAACAAGAUUUCCAGUGAUGCCAUUGCUGCCGCCGGCCAAAACUACCUCACCAUCACUUCGCUGUCUGUCCGCCAAGUGUUUGCCUCUAUCCAGCUCGUCGGCACCCAGGACAAACAAUGGAUUUUCCUGAAGGAAAUCUCGAGCAAUGGUAAUAUGAAUACUGUUGACGUCAUAUUCCCUGCUCAUCCACUGUUCCUCUACACCAACCCCGAGCUGUUGAAGUUGGUCUUGGCACCAUUGUUCGAAAAUCAGGAAUCCGGCGCGUACCCCAACGACUACGCCAUACAUGAUAUGGGCGCUCAUUACCCGAACGCCACCGGGCAUCCCGACGGUGACGACGAGCCAAUGCCCCUGGAGGAGUGCGGCAACAUGCUUAUCAUGGUGUUGGCGUACUACCAGCGUACCCAGGACCUUGACUACUUGAACACGCACUACGAUAUCCUUCGUCAGUGGACCACGUUCCUGGUUGACGAGGCUCUGUACCCCAACAACCAGCUUUCAACCGAUGACUUUGCUGGUACCCUUGCCAACCAGACGAACCUGGCCCUCAAGGGCAUCAUUGCCAUCGAGGCCAUGUCUAAGAUCGCCGACCUGACCAGCCACGCCGACGAUGCUUCCACAGACCAUGACACCGCGACAAACUACAUCGCCGAAUGGCAGAAGCUUGCUGUGGUUGCAGAGAGCGGUGACACGCCUGCACACACCAACCUCGCAUACGGCGAUGCGGGCUCUCACGGCCUGCUGUACAACCUGUACGCCGACAAGGAGCUUGGCCUGGACCUCGUGCCGCAGGAGAUCUACGAGCAGCAGAGCGCCUUCUACCCGACGGUCGAGCGCACCUACGGCGUCCCGCUCGACACGCGCAACUCGUACACCAAGACCGACUGGGAAUUGUUUGUCGCCGCCAUCGCCUCGGCAGAGACCCGCGACAUGUUCCACGCCGACGUCGCCAAGUGGAUCAACGAGACCCCGACAAACCGUGCAUUGACCGACCUCUACGAGACGGAGACUGGAGACUACCCGAGCGGUAUCACCUUCGUCGCGCGCCCGGUCAUGGGCGGCACGUUCGCGUUGCUGGUGCUGUGA